UAGUGAAGGGCGUGGUCAACAUUCAGCCCCGCCCAUUAUCGAAGAUGGGUAUAUACAGUGUGUAUAUCAUCAGUAAAGCUGGAGGGUUGAUAUUCUCUCACGACAUGAGCUACCCUCAAGGAGAAGGAGAGGUGGAGUACAGCAGGUACCCAGUUCAAGGACUCGUACUGGAGGAAGUGGACCGGAAUAUCAUGUUAAAAUACGGAGAAGUACAGAAUCCGGAGAUAACCGGACAACCAGUUAUACAAGUUGGUUAUUCUCUGGUGUCCAUUAAUGGUGAGCCAGUAGUUAAUAAGUGUCUUCCUGAUGGACGGACAGCUCUGAGUGUUAUUGAUGAUCCGUCAUCAUUUCCAAUCAAACUCAAAUUCAAGAGACUCAAGGCAUCAAUCAAUGAGAGGAUUAUGUUAAUGAGCAUGCUACACUCUAUUUAUGCUAUUUCUGUUCGUUUGUCACCCGAGGAAGGAUCCAAAGGUAUCCAAUGCUUGGAGGCUCAGCAUUACAACAUCAACUGCACCCAGACUAGAACUGGUGUCAAGUUUAUUGUUGUAGCUGGUAAAUCACAACCAAAAGUGCCAGAGUUAUUACGAAAGAUUUACGAGCUUUAUUCCGACUAUGUAUUGAAGAACCCAUUUUAUUCACUGGAUAUGCCAAUCAAGUGUGAAUUAUUUACUGCCAAUUUGGUAAAAGUUUUGGAUAGUUAUGAAAGAGAGAGAGGAAGUAUCUACAGCACAACGACUGCUAACAACUGAUGACUAACAAUUAACUGUCUCUGUACUACAAAAUUUAUAAUUAUUAUUAUUAUUGUUGUUUUGUUUUUAAUUAUUCUUUUUUAAGAGGAGGCAUGGCUGGGAA